AAUUUGCUUUCUAAUUCUUCAACACAAAAAGAAGCUUGUAUUGUAUCCAAAAAUGUCAAACAAUAUGUCAGGUAAUGAAGAUGGAAGCUUCUCCUCUGGAAACACUGGAGAAGAAGAAGUUCAUCAAGAAAACAAGCAGCAGCAGCAGCAAACCAAUAAAAAGAAAAGAAACCUACCAGGAACCCCAGAUCCAAGUGCAGAAGUAGUAGCUCUAUCACCAACAACAUUAAUGGCAACAAACAGAUUCGUGUGUGAGAUAUGCAACAAAGGAUUUCAGAGAGACCAAAAUCUUCAACUACACAGGAGAGGACACAAUCUACCAUGGAAGCUAAGGCAAAGAACAACCACAGAGGUCAAGAAGCGUGUCUACGUCUGCCCUGAGCCCACGUGCGUUCACCACAACCCAUCACGUGCUCUUGGCGACCUCACUGGCAUCAAGAAACACUUCAGCCGCAAACAUGGCGAAAAGAAAUGGAAGUGUGACAAGUGUUCCAAACGCUACGCUGUUCAAUCUGAUUGGAAAGCUCACCUCAAAACUUGCGGCACUCGCGAGUAUAAGUGUGAUUGCGGCACCAUCUUUUCCAGAAGAGACAGUUUCAUUACUCAUCGUGCUUUCUGUGAUGCUUUGACCGAAGAAAAUAACAAACUUUCUUCCACCCAUCAGGGUUUGUUAACAACUGGCAUGCCCCCAAGUCAGAUUCCAUUAACCACUUCUUCUUCUUCAUCAGAUCAAUUAUUCAUCACUGAUCCACCACUUAUCAUUCCAACAACAACUCCUUUCAAUAACUCCAUCUUCUCAUCGACAACUACUUCUUCUUCUUGUUCUUCUUCAACGCUUCAGCUGAGUUCUAGUGGCUUCAACAAUGUUAUUCUUUCUAAUCCAUCUUCUUCAUCAUCGCCUCACAUGUCUGCAACUGCUCUGUUGCAGAAAGCAGCUCAAAUGGGUGCAACUGCAAGUAACAACAGCAUGAAUUAUUCACCCAUGAUGCAGAAAAGCUUCUCCAUGGGAACAACUACCAUGGCUGGAGUAGUUAGUGGUGGCCAUGAUGCUGCAUUUACAAACCAAUUGUUUCAGAAAGAAAUCGUCUCAUCACAACUGUUUGAUGCAAACACUACUACUAAUAGUAGUAGUAAUAAUGAUAUGGGAAUGUAUGGUCAAAUGUUCAUGGGAACAAUUACUAGUAAUAAUAAUAAUAAUGGGUUGAUGAAGAUUAGUAGUGAUGUGGAACAAGAGAUUAGUGAUGAUGAUAAUAAUAAUAAUAAUAAUAACAAUACGAUAAUGGUGGAGGCAUCAAGGUUUGGAGGAGGGAGUGGAAGGGAUGAUGAUAUUGCAACUGUUCAUGAUUUCUUGGGAAUUGGUGGAGCUUCAUCAAUUGCUUCAACAGCAACAGUGAGUUUGCAUGAAUCAGAGCAACAGCAAAGAUUAGUAGCAGAGACAUUGAAUCAGCAGAGGUUGCAGAUUAUGAACCACUUUCAUCACCAUAUUCCUCAUCAUGCUGCAGAUUCAGCUAUUGACAAAACUAUGUGGGAUGUCUGAGACUGAUUAUGUUAGC